UAUCUGUCCAGAUUAUGCUUCAGCUGCUGCCUUCGAAAUGGAGGACAGGCAGUGCCUUUCUGUGACCAGCUAAGCCCGUGACAAAAAAGCUGCAAAACACAACAAAAUUGAACAAGUAAUUCCACUUUGACAGUCCUCGUUGUCUGCAAGUUGUUGCUCCACGUUGUCACAAGCCAAGCUUGAGGAAAUGGUGAAAAUGAAGAGGAAGAAAGCCAUCCCAUCAGUCUACUGCACCGAAUGCCAUGAAGUGCCAAAUGUGGGUACCAGAAAGGCAUAGAGAGAAAUUUCUUUUCAGCCACUGAAUAUUUAAUGACUCAAUAAAGAGGGACCAAAGUCUUUACUGCAGCAUGUUACUGGCUUUUGUGUUGGACCACUGCCUAAGACUGCACUGAGACUCCACUGGGAACAUGGGACAAGCCUUUCUGCUGCGUUGCUUUCGUAACUGGUGAAAGCCCCAGCUUUCUUGCUGCCUCACCUUGCCAACUUCCAGAGCUAGUCAUGCGAUACAUAGCGCCCUGGUCUUGGAGGAACUGUUCAGCGUCAUGAAGAACAACACAGAGCAAGGGAAAAAUAUAGAAGUGGUUGUGGUUGGAGGAUGUGAUGACAUCACAGACUUCAGCGGGAACACGGGGCUUUUAAAAAGCUGAAAGAAACAUCCUGACAGUCAGUUAUCACGUCCCCCGUAAAGGAGUCAAACACACGUUAGCCAUUAGAAAGCCCAACUGUCUUCAUCAAAGAGAAAAAGACUCCGUCCCGCCACAGAAUAUGCACUGGCAAAAAUCUUCUGCUCCAGAACAACAACCGCAGCCUCGCCCCUACCAAGGUGUCCGCGUCAAAGAGCCAGUGAAGGAGCUAUUGAAAAGGAAACGGGGAAAUGUUCACAACACCAGUACAACGGCAGCUACAACGGUUGUUUUGCCCCAUCAGACGCUCCCUUCCUAUUCACCAAUGGGCCAGCCGUGCAUCGAUAUGGACGGUGCUGCCCCCGCGUUGCCUGGGACAGAUGAAGGAGCACUCUGUUCUGGCUGGCUCUCCCAGCCCUCACCCACAUCCUUGCAGCCUUUAACCCAGUGGACCCCUUACCCUGACUACGUGUCCCACGAAGCAGUCAGCUGUCCCUACACCGCCGACAUGUACGUGCAGCCGAUGUGUCCCAGUUACACGCUGGUUGGACCCUCGUCUGUUCUGACUUACACUUCUCAGCCACUGAUCACCAAUUUUGCACCCCGAAGCGCCACUCCAGCCGUGGUGCCGCAGCUGGAGGUGUCGGAUCAGCAGCCGCCCCUCACGUACUUCCCGUGGGCACAGCCCCUCUCCGCACUGCCAGCCUCCACCUUGCAGUACCAGCCGGCUUCUUCCACGCUCCCUGGGCCCCAGUUUGUGCCCUUGCCCAUCUCCAUCCCCGAGCCAGCCCCCCAGGAGCUGGAGGACGCCCGACGGGUCAUCGGCACGCUGCCCAUUGAGAAGCUGCUCCUAGAAGACGAAGACAAUGAUACGUAUGUUUUAAACCACGCUCUCUCUGUUGAAGGGCUUUAAGUUGCACAUCUGGGGCCUGAUCCUCGCUUACUCAAUGCUCCCCUUGGCGUCACAGCGAGUUUUGAGUACAGAGGAAAGCAGGCCAGGGGGUGGGGGUGGGAACUCGGCUUGGGAUUUUGUUGUCCACCUCUAGCACGCCGUGACUUGUGCGUGGAGUGAAACUCGCUUUGUCCUGGGGCCCAGCACAAGAAGUCUGUGCUGUCACAGCUCCUGCCGCCUCUCCCAGGCAGGCUUCCAGUGCCGCAUAGUUCUUGUGCUCAGCCUCAGCACGAGGUGACUUUCAUCCUCAGACACAGGGCAUGGCCUAAAAUCAAUAACCCGUAGUGUAGCCAUGGCCAGCUGUAGUGUUUGGUGAGGGUACCUCGCCUCUAAAUAUUGGCAAGUCCUUUUUCAGAGGACCGCUUUCUAGAGCUCAGUGUAAUGUCCUGUGUGUGUCUUUGCCCUGUCCAUGAAGGAACCUCUUCCUGAUUUAGGUGACUAGAAAAUAUCUUUGGGGCCUAAAUUGAGAUUUUUCUUGUCUAAGUUGAAUUGUCCCUUUGGAAAACAAGAAAAUGUAAAGGGAACAUUUGCUGUACUGGUGCAGAUAGAUGCAU